AUGAACGCGGUUUCCUCGGUAACCAAAAGCAUGGCGGCAACGCCGCAGUUGUCUAGUCGGGCACCCCAGCGUGAGGAUUGCACAGGCUCUGCGGACUCGGUCACCACCCCGAACUCCGUGCCCACUGUGUCUCCUGUGUCUCCUGAGCCUGUGUCUCCUGGGCAGGUCGCUGAGCCACCAGGCAAAAAUCUGUGGGAGCAGAUCUGUGAGGAGUAUGAAGCGGAGCUGCCUUCCUUUCCAGAAGGAUAUAUAAUCAAACAUGAAAAUCCAGUUAUUGUUUCAUUAUUGGAGGAACUGAUUUCCCACGACUUCAACACAGAGCAAUAUUUCCCAGCUUCCCAAUUCAUCACCGCCUCGAACAUACCCUGUCCUCAAAAUAAAUCGGAAACAGUCGAUCCAAAAACAUGUUCUCCUAGAGAAUAUUUGGAAACAUUCAUCUUCCCAGUUCUACUUCCUGGAAUGGCCAGCCUACUUCACCAGGCAAAACAAGAAAAGUGUUUUGAGAGGAAAAGAACCAAAUUCAUAGCUUGUGAUUUUCUGACUGAGUGGUUAUACAACCAAAAUCCAAAGAGGAUAAGGGAGCCGUUCACGGAAUUCUUCUCCAUCCCAUGUGUAGAGGAAUGGCUAAAGUACCACCCACGACCACCAAUCCCACUCUCCCUCCUACUGACAGAAGAGGAAGCAGCGAUUAUCAUACAGUCCUUCUGGAGAGGCUACCUGGUUCGCUGUGAUCCUGAGAUUCAAGAAUUGCGUCAGUGGCAGAAGAAGCUCUGGGAAGACAAGCACAUUCACCAGAAAGUACAGAUGUUCUGGGCCAAACAAGAACAAAAAGUGCUGUGGAUCAGAUCCAGUCCUGGAACAUUCCAGGCAAGCACUCUACCACUGAGCCGUAUCCCAGUCCUGACUUUUCAAGGAAAGCCUGGAUUUUUAUAAUAAAUCGGAUGGCAAUUAAUAGGAACAAAAGCUAACUAAAUAUUCACUUCUGGGACAAUUUCAACACAGAGAACACUGUGGACUCUGGACUCCCUCCAGGACAGGGACCAGCCAUCUGCACACAGGAGAGAGUCCUUCUGGACCGCAUCUGCCCCAGACAGGUGUGCACACAUUACCUGCACUGUGCUCAUCCAUCGAGAAGGCCUGGUUCUCCAUGUAGGUACGUGGCAGGUGCACAUCUUCCUCAAAUGCUGUCUCCCGCAUCCUUGGCUGCGAUGUGUCGAAGUAGUUAGGUGGGUUUUCCUGCAGGGGCGGAAGGAGAGCGCAGUGGAUCUCGGGAAUGGCGUGAAAGACGAUGAAGACCCAUCCACUGGCUGCCAGUGUGAUGGCCAAAGUAGGGUCACUCCAGGCAUCUCUGUGGUUUAACAUGGCAUUGCCGAAGAGGUACAUGGUGAUCCAGGCCACCCAAAUAAGCAGAGAGAGGAAGGUCGUGAUCAGAAUAAGGGCCCCAUUCAGCUUCCACCUCUUGAACUUGCCACAGAGUGUGAAGAGGGCCUGCCCCAGGGUGAUCACGAGCAGUACCAUGUCGUAAAUGAGGGCCAUCACGAAGUCCAUGGGCUCGUAGGCGCAAGCUGGCUUCGUGUCACGCAGCACUGUCAGCACCAGCCACUCAGUGGCAAUGAUGACCUGUACCAGCAUCAGGCACAAUGCCAGGCCCACCAUCUGCCAGCCUGCCGGGCUUGUGCCCUGACACACCAGCCUCCGCACACGCCACGCCUGGCUCAGCAGACAGGCAAAGCAAAGUGCGAAGAGGACACCCCAGAGGAAGCGGCGUAUUGAGCAGAUAGUCUCAUCUAUCCGGAUGAUGAAGGCGAACGUCAACCCAAAAAGGCCCAGGGUCCCCAAGAGGAAGAGGAAGUAGAGGCACACAGGCUUCCUCUUCUCUUUGUCUUUGAUGUAGGGCAGCCGCACCAGGAGUAUGAGCAUCAAGAGCAGUGUAAUCAGGGCACCUGCCCCGGCCACCGCCUCCACCACGAUGCCCCAAAUGGCGUCCAGGUCGCACAGAGACACGUACUGAGGGAGGAGGUCUAGCCCGCAACCGCGGGAUGUGCUGGCGUUUUCAGAGGCCACAGAGGCAAUCACCAAGAGCAGGAGAAAGGCGAGCACCUGAUGGGUUCUCAUUUUUCUCUCUGAGACCAGGAAUGUUCUGAAAAGAGGUAAAGAUGAUUAGAGAAAAAGGUCCAUUCACUGUGAGACUCCUAUUCUUCAUUUUUUUUCCUUGUAGCAGUGGGGAUUGAUACACCCCUAGCCCUUUUUAAAAUUUUUAUCCUGAGGCAGAGUCUUGCUAAGUUCCUAAAUGGCUCAGGUUAGACUCAAACUUAUGAUUCUGCCUCAGCCUCCCAGAAUGCUACAUUUGCAGAUGUGUGCCACCACACCUGGUUUCUCCUGAUUUCUGUUAGAAGAGGUAUUUAAUUCCAAAGGGCACCCAGGAGAAGAGAGUCUGCCCAGAGGAAUGGCAGGCAAGAGUAAGGUCCUAGCCCACUCAGAGCCUUCAGACACACCCAGCACACACAUCUUCCUUUCCCUAUGCACUGUGGGCCCACUGUAGGGGACUUUGUCUCCCAUCUGCAUUCUUGGCUGGGGACAGGUAAGAGCUGUGAAUCACUGUCACUUGUGGCUGGAGUACCUGGCGGGAGGGAGACUCACCUUCUCUGUAUACCCUUUAGUGUUCUUUAAAUUUGAUAGUCCAGGCCUCUUCAAAGUGAAGGAAUAAGGCCAAACUUUAAAGACACAGCCACAAGCCAGGCACCACCCUGGAAGAACAGCACACAUCCCCCCUUUCAGCCUUCUUAAAAGGCCACCAGCUAACAGUUACUGACCACCGCUCUAGACCAUGAACUGUAUAAGACCAGUCCUCAUAAUGCUUAUGAGGCAGUUCCUAUUGUGACCUCCAUUUUGCAAGUGAAAAAAAGGGUCUCCAGGGGGUGACAUUUGCACCAAGUCAAACCCUCUCAGAAGUCUCCCAGCCCUCCCUGUGGAGUACAGUUAGCCAGGUACCCAAGGCAAAGAUCUCACUCCCUGGAUGCAGCUGAUCUAGGUUGGAGAAUACUAGGGGAACAUGUCAUGUCUGCCCUGAACAUACAGAUACAUCCUCCUUGUCACCAUUCCCUAAACAACAGUGCAACAACUACUUACACAGCAUUCACACAGUCUUAGGCGUCAUGGAGAAAUUAUUUCAGUGCACAGGUAGGUGUGCAUAAGGCUAUAGGCAAAUACUACGCCAUUGUACAAAGACACUUGAGCUUCCCUGGAUGUUGAUAUUGUCUCUAUAGGGGUGCUGGAACUGACACCCUGUGGAUACCCAAGGCCCACAGGCUAUCCAAAAGGAGCUGUCUGCCUCUGUUGCAUGCUUUGCCUCUCCCUCACACAUCCCGUCCUCCUCCAGAGAGCUCCAAGCCUCUGGAUCUUGGUUCCAUCCCAGUUGGUCUCUCCCUGGAUGGUUUGCAGACUCCCUGCUGCUUUCUUGCUGCCAAGGAAGUCAGACUAACCAAGUCUCCUCUCUCCCUCUGGCUCUCUCGGCUAGGACACAUCCUCCCUUGCAGGGAAAGCUGUAUCCCCCAACCCAGCCCUUGGCCAAGGUCACACCCUCACUCCUCUCUAUUGCAGCCUGCUUCUUAGCUCUAAUCAACUCUGACAUUUUUUGCCAUUUUAUUUUGUUUCCUUUUCUCUUCCCUUCCUGCUUCCCUCCCUUUUUGUCUCUGUCUGCUGCAAAAUGUGGCAGGGUGAGGACACUAUCUCUCUUGCUCAUCAGUGGACCAGGCUUUCUCAGCCUUGACACAGCUGGCAACUGAGCUGGAUCAUUCUUGUGGGAGUCUGUCCUGUACAUGAUAACAGGGUGAAGCAGAAUCCUUGCCUUUACACAGUAGGUGCCAAAAGCAUGUCAACUUCUCCAGUUGUGACCGUCUAUCCAAGAUGUCUCCAGACACUGCCAAAUGUCCCCUGACUGGGAAGCAAAAUCACCCAGAUGAAGAUCUCCAAUGAAGACUUAAGCCCUAGUGCACAGUACCUGGUCUAAAGCAGGUGCUGAGUAAAUCGUGCGGCCACGACAAUCCUAUUCAUUGGGACUGUCCUCUCACCCACUGCCACCAGUUGGCCCACAAAGCUGUACUCGAUGCUCAUUUGCAGCCAUCUCAAGCUGGACCCACUGAGUUCAGCCUGUGUUUGGGGUUGUAGCCGCCUUACUCCCAGCUGUGCUGGCCAGUCCCUCGGUUUCUGUAAGUAAAUGCGUAUCGACCGAUUCUCUGUUUCUUUAUGGAAAGUCCUUGUCUGAGAUCCUGCCUUGGCUGUGAAGCCAUCGAUGGACAUAAAUUAUUAAUGCUGAAGAAAGAGAAGGCGCCUGGUGGUGUGGGGACUGUCGCCUCUGCCUACAGAUGGCAGUAGGCUCAGAGGAGACACCUGGCAGGAGGGGCUUCUUAAGCAAGACCUGGCCUCCUGCUCAGGUCAGUGUAGGGUGAAGAUGUACCUCAAACACUGACAAUGGGCUUGUGGCCCAGUCACCAAUGCCAUUUACAGUGUGUCCACACACUCCCUGUGUAGGAAACUGACUUACGGAGUCCUUAACAUCAAUCUACUUAAAAGAAAAUUAAAGCAUUAAAAUACUUCUCUGUUGACAUUUAAAAACUGCAUGUUGAUAGAACUCUGUACAAGCUCUGAGCAUAUCCCAAAGUACCACCCGUAAGAGAAACAUCAUCUAGACAGAACUGCUUAUCAUGAGGUCUGGAAAGCAGGCUAGGAUCCAAAGUGUAAGAUCGGGAUGUGUCAGAACAAGAUCCACCAGUCCCUGAGACGGUGGAGGGUCUGGAGUGGAUUUUCCUCAGACAUAUCAUCAGUGACAGACUCGGUUAGGAGAGUUCUCUGCCAGCCUCAGCAAAACACUCAGGCAGUUCUCCAGGUUGCAGCCAAUUCCAUCCAUCCCCUGGGUGGCCAGGACAGUGACACUGUAGGAAAGUGCUUUGGAGUCUGGACCACCAUCCCUCUGCAGAAUGCAUCCUGAAGCCAGUGGUUCUGAACCAGGGGAUGGGGACAUUUGACAGUAUUUAGGGGUGCUUUGGCUGUCACAACUAGGGGAGAGAAGAACAGUCCUCACCACAAAAAACCACCUAGCUCUGUAAAUUAAUAGUGCUAAGGUCGGGAAAGCCUGGUUUAGACACAAAGGCAGAGGUGUGAUGGGGAGGAUGCCAGAAACCAGCCAAAUCUCAGGUCUGCAUCACAUACUCCUUUAGUUGUGCUUUUCCUCUCUCAUCGGGGAGCUCCUCUUUCCAGGUUUUGAUGCACACUGAGACUUGGUCCCCCCACUUCCCACCCCUGCUUCCUUCUUGGCCUUCCAACCAUUAUAGGAAACCAAUGGAAACGGUGAGAGCACCAAGAUGGAGUGCGAGGUUCUGGUCCAGAUCCCCAGCUCCAGCUCCUUUCCUACACAGGGAAUGAAUGCACUCUUACUUUUUGCUUUCAUGCCUGCAAAUGGCACUUGACUCAGGCCUGGUCAAUCAGACCAUGAAUCCUGUUAGUCUCAACUGGUUCACCUACAGACAUGUGGUCCAAACCAGAUCCAUGAGAAUCACUUCUAGGAUUUUUGCUAGCAUAAACCAGAAAGAGGUCUUCUCUUUUUGCUGGGUUUGAUAAGCUAGCAGGCUAGAAACCUGGCAAUGGAGGACAGAUAUGCCAUAUAGGGAGAGAAACCUGUCUAAAACAACAAGGGAUGGAGUAGAGUCCUGAUACACUGAAUAGCUGGAUUCACCUGGGCCGGAAGCCAUAUCUGGGCUUUGCAGCAGCCAAUUAAAUUCCCUCUUAUAAAUUAAGCCAGUUUCAACUGGACUCCUAUCCCUUGCCAAGAAGUUCUCAUAUUCUUCCCACCCAGAAUGGCCCACUUCUCCCAGGAAGUUCUCCCUAUGUAACAUCUAGACAUACAGAUGCAGCCUAUGGUAGCUGAUAGUGAAAGGAAGGGCCCAGUUGCCAGAGAAAGUCACUUUCAUUCUGAAGAUGCCCACAAGGGCACAGCCACCCCACUGCACAGCACAGCGGGCAGGCAGGAUGGCUGAGGCUGGUGGGGGCUGAAGUGCACCAAAGCUGAGACAUAGGCUCAUGCCUGAUUUCUCACACUGGCAAAUGCCUGCAGCUUCCCAAUAAUGCUGUGGAGACACUUAUGAUAACCAGGCGGUGCUCUAGUGAGUGCUCUUCUGAGUACCACACAUGUAACACCCAAGAAUCGGCGGAACAGCCCUGUAAGGCACAUUCAAUCUCAUCUCCAUUUACAGGAGAUAACAGUGUGUGACAAGGAGGGCACAGGGUUUGUCCAAGAUCAUGCAGCUAGAAAGUGGUAGAGCCUGUUUCUGAGCUUUUACUUUAGAGCAGGGUUGGGAAGCAUCCCUUGGCAAGAUUUGCUAGCUGGCCAGUCCAUCUAAAUUAGGUUCUCCCCACCCUGCCAUCCUCUACACCAGAACUGUUGAUCCUUAUCUUUGUAGCACAGGCCACAGUUUUCCAUGAUUUCAUUUCUACUUUUGAUCUGUUUCUCCCCAUCCCACCUCCAGUCCAGGCCAUCCGUCUUGUUCUGGUACUCUGCUGUUGAAUGAAUUUAUUAUAGUCUUUAUCCCUCAAAUCAGAAGGGCAGGAAUUCUUACUCCUGUUUAUAGAGGAGAAAACCCAGGGUCUGAUAGCUUUAAGUUGAAGUUUGAGGCUUGGAAUGGUACUAUAGGAUCACUGUGGGGCAUGUUAGAAAGCAGACUUUCAGGGGAUCUGGCUGCCUGUGUCCACAAGCCCUGCAGGUGAUGCUGGGGUACACUGGGCUCCAUGAACAAGGCCAUAUCCAGCAGGAAGCACUGCUCCUUCUCAGGCAAUGCCUGUGUGAGGUAAGCCCUGGCCUUGUUAAAGCAGCCACUCAGGGCCUCCCACCACUAACAGCUGGGCAGCUUUCCAGGAGCCCCCAACCUGAACAUUUUCAGAUUAGAGGCCUCAAGGCAAGGCCAUUGGGCAUAGGAUGAAUACAUGGCAGGGACCCCAGGGGAUACAAGCCAGUGGCUCCUCCAGAGGAGCAGUGAAUAAAUGUGAACGAACUUGCAAGACUCGGCUCGCAUGCUAAUUACCUUUGCUGCCAGCCAGACUCCCAAAAAUGUGAGUCAUUCAUGUUCUAAAAUGCAUCCGCAUAGACUGCAAAUGCCACAUAAGUGCACACAUGUACACACACAUACACACAAGCACAGGUUGCACAUGUGAGCACAGACUCUCCACAGAGGAGCCAGAAGCAGCUCUGCUGGCAGGUGCAGGAGCAGCUUCCUGUUUCCCUGUGCACUGAAUCCUGCAGAGGCUGGAAAAGAUGUGGAUACACUUUCUUGAGUAAGAAGGACAGCUAGACCUGUUGGUUCUCCAGCCCAGUGUCUCGUUAAGGCAACAGGCACGAACUUCAGAGACAGACCUCCCAGAUUUGAAUCCUGCCCUAUGGGCUGGGGAUGUAGGUAAGUGGCAGAAUACAUAUCCAGUUUCCUCAAAGCCCCAGAUUCCACUCUUACCUCUGCCAAGAAAGAAAAAAGAUCAAUUCUGCCCCACACUCCUUGCCAGUCCCCUGUCACCAUUCAUGGCCAGCUUAAAGUUUUUUUCUUUUUUUGCCUUUAUUUUCUUGUCUGAAAAAUAAGGAUGAUACUAUUGGCCUCUCUUGGGAUUGUGGUGAAGAUAUUAUGACUAAUAAUUGGGGUUUAGAGCAGUAACAUAUAUAAUCACUUAUAUAUAAAGUGUCUGUUAAGUGAAUAAAAAAGACACAAAUGCUUCCUUA